AUGGAUUGCUUUUUUGUUCAAGUUGAACAGAGAUUAAAUCCCGAUCUAAAAGGAAAACCUUGUGCUGUGGUGCAGUACACGGGCAGCGGUGUGAUAAUUGCUGUAAGUUAUGAAGCACGUGCUUUUGGUGUAACUCGGGGAAUGAGAAAACAAGAUGCCAAGGCAAAAUGUCCUGGCAUUUUAUUACAAAAAGUCCCUGAAUUAAGGGGAAAAGCUGAUCUCACUAAAUACCGAGAAGCAGGAGCAGAAGUUAUGAAAGUUUUUUCACAGUUCUGUCACUGUGUGGAGAGAGCUAGUAUAGAUGAAGCCUACCUUGAUUUGACAAAUGAAAUUGAAACCAAACUGAAGACACAGGAUCCAGAUAUUUUAUCCUUAGCUGAUAAAUUGCGGAACACAUAUGUGAUUGGUUGGGAAAACAACCAGACAGAAAAUAAUGUUUCAACUGAUUGUAAGAAAUGUGUCAGGAAUUGGUUGGAAGCAAUCCAGACUUCACAAUCAGAACCUGAUAUCAAAUUAGCAAUUGGUGGUUGUCUUGUAGAACAGAUGAGAGCUGCUGUUUAUGAACAAACUGGAUUCCGUUGCUCUGCUGGUGUUUCUUGCAAUAAAAUGUUAGCCAAAUUAGCUGCUGGUAUUCAUAAACCCAACCAACAGACUAUCCUGCCUCAUGCUUCUGUAGAAUCCUUCUUUGUGACUCUGCCUUUAAGAAAAGUCCGUAAUUUGGGAGGCAAGCUUGGCGCUGAAUUGUGUGAAGAGCAUGGAGUAAAGAACAUGUCAGAUUUGUGCCAGUUUACAAAGCAACAACUUUGUGACAUGUAUGGAAGAAAAACUGGAGAGUGGCUUUAUGCAUUGUGUCGUGGUUAUGAUUCAGAGCCAGUUGCUGCAAGACAAUUACCCAAAAGCAUUGGUUGCAGCAAAAAUUUCCCAGGCAAAGAUGCUUUAGAUACAAGAGAAAAAGUAAAAUAUUGGCUUUCACAAUUAUCCACCGAAGUGGAAGAACGCCUACUUAAAGAUAAGGAAGAUAACAAACGUAUAGCUACAUCAAUGAUUGUGGGACUUCGGUACCAAGACCCUAUUUCUCAGAACUCUGUUGUGAGCAGCCGUACUGUUGCAUUGGUGCAAUAUAACAGACACAAAUUUGCAGCAAAUGCUUUCACCUUGUUACAACAGUUCAACUUCAAUUCUCCACAUCAAGCCUCAUGGACUCCACCUGUUAACAUGUUAAGUAUAUCUGCUGGAAAAUUUGUAGAAAUUGGAAUCACUCACUUUGACUCCAGAAUCACCUGGAUUUAUUUUCACAUAUUUAUGCUCACAAACACAUUUUCUUUAUGA